AUGGACACGGACACAGACACAGACAGUGACACGGACACGAACACGGACACGGACACGGACACAAACAGUGACACAAACACAGGCACAGACGCGGACACGGACAUGGACACAAACAGUGACACGGAUCCGGACACGGACAUGGUUGCGGACACAGACACGGACAUGGACAUCGGCACCGGCACUCCAAGAUCGACGGCGUCCUGCGGAAAAGCAAAGCCCGAGCGCCACCUGCCGCUGCUUCCCAACAGGAAAACGGCGCUGGAUGCCAGCUUCGCCAGCUUCUCCUCCUCACCCUCCACUGCGCACCCCGGUACCCUGGGACUCACAGCCAGCUGGGCGAUAUCAGCUUUACUGCCCGUGUAUUUGGACACCCGCACUCUUUACACCUGUUUCCGGAGUUCAGGAGAACAAAAACAAGGGGAGCUAUUGGAGGUCACCACCCCAAUUCUGCGCCGAGCCCAGCGGGACCCACAGAGCGGACACUGGGGACAUUGGCGGCCGCCCGACGCCAACCGCUCAACACGCGACCAGAGCACCCUCAGGAGAAGGAGCCACCGGGGUGUGCGGAGCCACCUCAGCCCGGGUUCCGAGCCGCGGGACCAUCGGCGCGCCCCUCGCCUCGGGGAAGGCGGAGCCACUCCUGGCCCCACCGCCCUUCCACCAUCGCUCGGCAGGGCAAGCGGCGGCCGCCCGAGUCUCGCGAGAACCGGCGCUGCCGCUGCCACCGCCGCCAUGGAGCCGCCGGUGCGCGGCCCGCCGGGGCUGUCGGCCGUGCUGGCGAGCACGGACUGGUCCGAGCCCUGGCUGCUGGGGCUGGCCGCCUUCCACCUGCUCUGCUUCCUGCUCACCUGCGCGUCCCUGCAGCACCGCCGGGUGCAGGUCGGCCACUUCCUCUGCAUGGUGGGCUUAGUGUACUGUGCUGAAUAUAUCAACGAAUUAGCAGCCAUGAAUUGGAGGCUCUUUUCUAAAUACCAAUACUUUGAUUCAAGAGGAAUGUUCAUUUCACUUGUAUUUUCAGCACCACUGCUGGUGAAUACUAUUAUAAUUGUGGUCUCCUGGGUUUACAGAACUUUGAAUGUAAUGACUGAACUAAAGAUGCUACAGCAGAGAAGGAAAGUAGAAAAAGAGAAAAAGAAGUGAAAGUGCCAAACUUCUUCUUUCUUCAGUUGUAAUAAUGCCUGUCUGGAUAAUCAGUCCUUCUGUAAGGGUAUGCAGGAACAGAAAUAUUUUUGUGUGUGGUGUCAAGAGGACUUUGUGAUUGUGGCUGUGGGCAUUGAGGUGAAAGCAGGUAUCUACAGUACAUUUGAAUUGGCUGUGAAAUUAUGAAACCAGUCUUAACAAGUCUUUGUGCCCUUCAGUGUACGAUUGUUUUCCUCCAUGACCAAGGCUGUUAGUAUUGAUGAGACACAAUCUUCCAGUUUCCAUUUGCCUGUCUAUUUUUUUACUAUGUCUUUUUUUCUGUGCUUAUCAAGUGUCAGUUAUUCUGCUGCUUAAGCCAAUUGGAGCUGUGUUGUGAAUUACAGUAAAUGAGAGAUUUUAUUCAGAAUAACUCAGGAAUCCAUGCUUCUGUGAAGCACAUCACUUCUUUAUAAACCAAGUUUCAUACUUCCUGUGUGUACUGUGUGCCAGUGGCAUUUUAUAAAUAAAACUAUCCACUUACUGUAUCUCAAA